GCUUGAUACAUCCUGCAAACUAUCAAACAAGGCUCACACUAUACACCUUCGAUCUGCCAAUCUAUCUCUGGAUAUUAGUUCAGUAUGGCAGGCGAGGAAGAUCCCAGAAAUACGCAAACUGCUUCCUCGCCUGGGAGCUCCCGCCAAUGGACUGAUGAUGAGAACCCCUUCGUCGCUUUCCGUCGAUUCGCCGAUGAACAAAUUUCCUCCAUGUUGCAGUCUGUUAUGGGCCUCCCGUCCUCUUCUACAUCUCCACGCUCGGAGCACUGGGCUAUUUUCUCGGACGAUCAAACCUACUCCGAUCAAACACGCCAGCGGCGGCGCCAAGGCCAAGAGUAUAGCGACGAUGGAGGCAAGGCUGAUGAUAAUGUUCCAUCAGGUUCUAGACUCAAUGACCCGUCAACACUAAAUGAUAAAUACCCGGAUCGUCCUUCCAGGUCACGUUGGUAUAACCCGGAUAAUCGGUUUGACAUCGACAUGUUCUUCAACUCGUUCUUCGAUCGGUUCUGGCUAGACGACCAUGCCAUGGCCCGUCUCUUCAGCCCGUACCACCACCCAAUGUUCUCAAGCAUGACGAGCGCCGACUCCCCUGCUUGGCCGGUCAACUAUCUCUUGUUCAGUCCGUACUCGCCUCUGCAUCUAGAGCGCCAGGCGCGCUAUCGGUCUCACCGGGAGCAGGGCGUCUUCACGUCCCUUAUGUCGUCUAUGAGUUUGUCGUCUGAAGCCGAAUGUGACCCUAAUGAACCCAAAUGGCGUGAAGCUUUCGAGGACCUUCUCCGACUCGAGAAUGGAGAGCCCAUGCUGGAUCGUGAGAGUGGAGCAGUUGCGAAACCAGAGUCUGGAAAAGAAUGGCUAGCUGGGUUGGUAAAACGGGGUAGUUUAGGGAAGCACUGGAAAUUUAGUUCUGGAUCAGAGAGCCAGCCGUGGACGAGUAUUACACUGGACCGCUUGGAUCAUUUUGACCGUCCGAAGAAUGAAGCAUCACCCUCUUUACCGGCACCAGAGAAGGCCGGUUCCGAUUCAACUACCGAGAUGUCUACCGAGAUGUCGAGCAAUGGCCCUUCGACGGAGCUGGAUCUUUAUGACCGAUUCCUCGCGGAUAUUGACGCCCGUGAGCGUGAAUUUUUUGGUGCCUUUCAUAGCCCGCUUUUGCAGUUCCUCCUAGAAGAUCGACGCAGAGGUCGAUUCGGCAUCUUCCCUUCCGAAACCAAUAACAAAGACGACACAGAGAGCUGGCUAGAUCUUGUAUCCGGUGGAAACAAGCAUACCGUCCCUGAGGCCAAAGAUGAGUCUGAGUCUACUGAAGCGCAUCUCUCCCGAGAACCAGCAUCAUCCCCGGCCGCUACAGGAGCCCAGGCUGAAAUUCCGCCAGUUCAGAACUACGUCGUUUCAAACUCAGUAAGCACAGAGCGUAUCCGCCUUCCAGAUGGCUCAGUCCAAACUAAGACCGUGCGUACGAAGAAAUACGCGGAUGGCCGUGAGGAAACCAACUCGUCCACUGAGGUUGUCAAUCCGCCGCAGGGCGAGCAGGGUCCUGAUCAGCAAUCUGGUCAGCAGCCUAAUCAGACAAAGAGCGGGUGGUUUUGGAAGGAUUAAGCUUCAAUAAGUGAUUAUCUUAUUGGAGGCUUUGCUAACGCCUGGUGCCAGUUUCUACAGAAAUAUGGGAACUUUCUGUUCCAAUCAUUCAUACUCUUUUUUCAGCGUUUGGGGGAGUUUGUGACUUCAGAAACCCAGAUCUAUAUCAUACAUGUAUUAUUUUGGUACUUUGUGAACUUCUCCAUAGUGUUUGAAUCAUAACAUAGUUGGAAGUAGCUGGCUUAUAACACACCCCUGCAGCAUACGCGGUUCGCCAAAGCAUGUAUAUUAGUCUGAACCAAGUAGUAUCACUUUAUCAUUUAAGAGU